AUUUCAGCCUUCCUUACAGCACCUAGUGAACUGAGCAGAUCACUUGUUUGUUGUGAAACAAUGAUGAUGAGGUGUACUGCUGUGUGCCUUGUGGCACUGACCUUGGUGGGCAGCUUUUGUGAUGCUCAGUGGAGUGGGGCCUUUAACAAACCUUCAAAACCAAGAUAUGAGAAGCCAUCACCACCUGUGAGCCAUCCCAGCAAACAGUUGCCUCAAGAUCCCUCACAGUCAAAGCAGACAUUUGAGAAACCACUCACCUGGAGAUACCCUGAAGAUCCCAAGGCUGAUCCCCCAGCUGAGGUGCCUUUCGAGUUGAGACAUCCUGUUCCUGCUCCAAGUGUUGCUGUCGAGUGCAGAGAGAGGGAUGCUCAUGUGGAAAUCAAGAAGGACAUGUUUGGGAUUGGCCAGUUCAUCAAUCCUGCCGAUCUUACCCUGGGAACCUGUGCUGUUGUUGCAGAAGAUACUGCUGCUCAAGUGUUGAUUUUUGAGGCUGAACUGCAUGACUGUGGCAGCACAUUAACGAUGACAGAACAUUCCCUCGUCUACACCUUCGUUAUCAACUAUAAUCCCCAACCUCUGGGUCCUCCUGUGGUGAGAACCAGUGGCGCUGCUGUAAUUGUGGAAUGCCACUACGCAAGGAAGCACAACGUUAGCAGCCUUCCUCUUGAUCCCCUCUGGAUCCCAUACUCUGCAGUUAAGGUGGCAGAGGAACUCUUGUACUUCACCCUGACACUGAGGACUGACGACUGGCUACAUGAGAGGCCAAGCUCCCAGUACUUCCUGGGUGACAUCAUUAACAUUGAGGCUACUGUGAAGCAGUACUUCCACGUGCCCCUUCGUGUUUAUGUGGACAACUGUGUAGCUUCUGUUUCACCUGACGCGUCCUCCGGCCCAAAAUAUUACUUCAUUGAGAACCACGGGUGCUUUGUUGAUGCUAAGCUCACAGGCUCUGACUCCAAGUUCAUAACUCGCACUGCUGAGAACAUACUUCAAUUCCAGCUGGAGGCCUUCAGGUUCCAGAACACUGAUACUGGAGUAGUCUACAUUACCUGCCAUCUGAAAGCAACAACAGCUGCCCAUCCUAUCGAUAAUGAGCAUAGAGCCUGUUCCUACAUCAGCGGAUGGAAGGAGGCCAGUGGAGUUGAUGCAGCAUGUGGCUCUUGUGAGUCUGAAUCAUUUAACCCUAGUGUAAGUGGUAGCAGCACCUGGGGUGGCAGCCCAUCAUCAGCUUUUUCAGAUCCUCGAAGGAAGAUCCGUGAUGUGUCCCAGAGUCAAACUUUUGAAUGGGAAGGUGAUGUCACCCUGGGCCCAAUCGCCAUUGAAGAGAAGGUGGUCGCUUAACUCAAUUCCCUGCCAUGGCUACAGCCAUCAAAAUAAACAUUCUCAUGGAUUCAUAA